UGCCUCGACCAUUCAAAUUUCCCCAGUCCCUUUCUUUUGUCCCUUCCGGAUUCAAAAUCCAACGUCUAAAAAAUCUAAAACCAAAAAGCAGAGAGGAAAUAUCUCAAUCUCUUUCAGGUUCUCCCGGCAUUUCUUUCGUAUAUAGAUCGCAUUAGAUAAGAGAUGGAGAAUUCGGAAUGCGUGAGAGUCGCCGUUAAUAUUCGGCCGCUGAUUACUACAGAGCUUCUCAAUGGAUGUACGGAUUGCAUCACUGUCGUUCCCGGCGAACCUCAGGUUCAAAUUGGGUCACAUGCCUUUACCUAUGAUUAUGUUUAUGGGGGAGCGGGAUCGCCUUCUUCAGCUAUUUACGAUGAUUGCGUUGCUCCACUGGUUGAUGCACUUUUUCAUGGUUAUAAUGCAACUGUACUUGCAUAUGGUCAGACGGGUUCUGGUAAAACAUAUACCAUGGGAACCAACUACACUGGGGAAGGAAGUACUGGUGGGAUUAUACCCAAAGUAAUGGAAAAUAUGUUUAAAAGAGUCGAGGCAACCAAACACUCCACAGAAAUUUUGAUAAGGGUAUCGUUUAUUGAGAUAUUUAAAGAAGAAGUGUUCGAUUUACUUGACUCAAAUUCAGCUGCUUUGUCUAAAGCUGAAGCCGUGUCUCUUGCCAAGCAUACAGCUCCUGGAAGACUUCCGAUACAAAUUAGGGAAACAGUGAAUGGAGGGAUAACGCUUGCUGGGGUGACUGAAGCAGAAGUUCGGACAAAAGAAGAGAUGGCAUCGUAUUUGUCACGUGGUUCUUUAACUCGAGCAACAGGAAGUACCAAUAUGAAUAGCCAAUCCAGCCGCUCACAUGCCAUCUUUACGAUAACCAUGGAGCAAAAGAAGAAUGCAAGCUGCCUAAAUGGGGUAAAUGAUGAUAUUGGUGAUGAUAUCUUAUGUGCAAAGCUUCAUUUAGUGGACCUUGCUGGCUCAGAACGUGCAAAAAGAACAGGUGCUGAUGGUAUGCGCUUUAAAGAAGGCAUUCAUAUUAAUAAAGGUUUACUAGCCCUAGGGAAUGUCAUUAGCGCCUUGGGAGAUGAGAGAAAGAGGAAGGAAGGAGGACAUGUCCCGUAUCGUGACAGCAAGUUGACUCGCUUGUUGCAGGAUUCUCUUGGAGGAAACAGCAAAACAGUGAUGAUUGCUUGUGUUAGUCCGGCUGACACCAAUGCUGAAGAAACCCUGAACACGUUGAAGUAUGCCAAUCGUGCUAGAAACAUUCAGAAUAAGGCAGUUAUAAACCGUGACCCAAUGGCAACCCAGUUGCAAAGAAUGCGGAGUCAAAUUGAGCAACUGCAAGCUGAGCUUUCGUUUUACCGUGGUGAUGGUCAAACAUCAUUCGAUGAACUUCAGAUUCUCAAGCACAAAGUAUCUUUACUUGAAGCAAGCAAUGCAGAGCUACAGCGAGAGCUUCAAGAACGCAGGCUCACUAGUGAGCAAUUGGCCCAGCGUGCACUUGAUGCUCAGGUUGAGAAAGACAAAUUGGUAAUGCAAAUGGAAUCCGUCCGUAAUGGCAAAUCAUGGGAUGAGAUUGACUCUAAUCAAAAUCAGGAUUUUGAUUUGAUGAAAACUUAUGUGUUGAAAAUUCAAGAGUUAGAAGGAGAAUUGAUUCGCUUGAAAAGCAUAAACAGCACAAAGCGUGGCCGGAUCUCUGAUUGUAUUGAUUCUGAUGAUGAUGGAGCCGCAAAAAGUUCACUAUUUUCUUCUGAAAAUGCUUAUUUACCAGAUGAGAUCGAGGAUAAUGACGCUAAUGAAGCAGAACUUGAACAUUCUUCUCUCCAAGAAAAAUUGGACAGGGAACUUAAAGAGUUGGACAAAAGACUUGAACAAAAAGAGGCUGAAAUGAAGCGUUUUGCAAAUACUGACACUUCAGUUCUGAAACAACAUUAUGAGAAGAAAGUUAAUGAGUUGGAACAAGAGAAAAGGGCUUUGCAGAAAGAAAUUGAGGACCUCAGACAUAAUCUUGCCAAUAUUUCUUCUAGUUCUGAUGAUGGUGCGCAAAAGCUGAAAGAAGAGUACCUUCAGAAGUUGAAUGCCCUUGAGGCACAAGUUACCGAGUUGAAGAGGAAGCAAGAUGCCCAAGCUCAACUUUUGAGGCAGAAACAAAAAAGUGAUGAAGCAGCAAGGAGACUUCAAGACGAGAUUCACAGAAUCAAAUCUCAGAAGGUUCAACUACAACAUAAGAUCAAGCAAGAAUCCGAGCAGUUUAGGUUAUGGAAAGCAACACGAGAGAAAGAGGUUCUUCAGCUUAAGAAAGAGGGAAGGAGAAAUGAGUAUGAGAUGCACAAGCUCUUAGCUUUGAACCAGAGGCAAAAGAUGGUUUUGCAAAGAAAGAGCGAAGAGGCUGCUAUGGCUACAAAAAGGCUAAAGGAUCUUCUUGAAUCUCGAAAGGCUUCCUCACGUGAAGCUUCCAGUGCUGCAAAUGGCAAUGGUCCUGGAGUUCAGGCAAUAAUGCAGACAAUUGAGCAUGAACUAGAGGUGACAGUACGGGUACAUGAAGUACGCUCUGAAUAUGAACGGCAAAUGGAAGAGAGGGCCAAGAUGGCCAAGGAGGUUGCAAGACUGAAGGAAGAAGCUGAGAUACAUAAGCGUGGAACUUUAAGAGAUUGUCCUGAGACACUGUCUCCCGGCGCGAGAAACUCGAGGAUUUUUGCUCUAGAAAACAUGCUUGCUGCUACAUCUAACACUCUGGUCUCUAUGGCCUCACAAUUGUCUGAAGCUGAAGAAUGUGAGCGUAUAUUCAGUGGAAGAGGACGUUGGAAUCAUGUCCGAUCUCUUGCCGAUGCAAAAAAUAUUAUGAAUUAUCUAUUCAAUUUAGCAUCAACCUCAAGGUGUUCAUUGCGAGAUAAGGAGGUUCUUUGCAGAGAGAAGGAUGCGGAAAUAAGAGAUCUAAAGGAAAAGGUAGUGAAAGUUAGUAGCUUGGCUCGACAACUUGAGGCACAAAAGGCUGAUCUUGUUCAUCAACUGAAAGUGAAGAAUGUAAAUACUAAGCAUUCCAUGAAAGGAACCAUGGAUUCCAGCAUCCCUGACUUCAAUGGCGGAAGACAUAAAUAUGAGUUGCGGAAACCGGAACAUCGAAGCUCUAUGAUCUUUACCGAGGACAUGGAUAUAUCUGAAUCUGAACAUUCAGAUAUGGACGCGCAUGAUGAUGACGACGACGACGAUGAGUGGGUGCAGUCAGACAAAAAGCAGAUACUGAAAAGAGUGUCUAGAUCUAGAACUUCGAUUUUGGCUGUUCAUCAACCAGAUAGCAAUGACUUAGAAAACAAGGGAUGUAGUGAUGAGGUUACUGAGAAAAUUGAUGGGAUAUGUUGCAGUUGCAGUAAGCAGUCUUCAUGCAAAACAUCGAAAUGCCAAUGUAGAGCAAACGGAAGUUCCUGUGGGCAGUCAUGCGGUUGCUCUUCAGUCAAGUGCUCCAACAGACGAGCAGAAGCAAAUGAAGGUGGUUCGAACGAAACCAAUAACCUUGUUGCUCAUGGUGCAAUGCUACUCCAGAAUGCAUUCGGGGGGGAGAAGCCAGCUGAAGCAAAUGAUGACUGCCCUACAAAGCGAAAAGCACUCUCUGACAUUGGAAACACGGUGUCUAAACCAGAUGCCCCAAGGCCUAACCGGAGAAAGAAAUGGGGAAAAUCAAUGAUUCAGCUGGUUCCGGUUGCUCCGCUGGAGAAUGUUGCAGCUGCAGCAGUACCGGAAAAGCCAGAAAAUAAUGAACCUCCCAAAAAUGCAGAUAACUUGUGCCGAAGUGAAUCGGAUACCAUCCCUUUGAAGUUACCAAGAGCAAUGAGAUCAAAUGGAAGCAAAUUACUAAGGGAAAGAAAUACUGAUCGCCAGGAUGAAUCCAGCAACAAGGAACCAGCUGCCCUGGCUCCAACAGCAAGUACAGAAGAGAAAGAGAACUGCCGCCGUUAACUGGUAAAGUUGCCAUUAAUUGGUGAACAUUAUUCACUACUACACUGUCACUAACAAGCUUGCAUUCAUCUUUUUAUUUUUUUGGCUUUGGAUCCCUUUGGUUGUGACAAGAAAAGAUCCAACACGAAAAAUUGGAA